AAAGACCUUUUCUCCUUCUUUUGAACGUUUUGAAACGCUUUUGAUUUAUGGAUUACUGGCCUUCCCCCUAAUCCCGAACGAUCGCUGUAAUCCCCCGUCUAUACCCGGCGCCCCAUAACGGCACAUAGUAACACUGAUACGUCGUGCGGAAGGUAGUCUCGCCGCGAGGGCCAGCUGCAGCGAACUUUGUCGGACGGCAGAAAGUAAACAACUGUAAGUGUGGUGUGACAGUCGCUCUGUAAGUGAUUGUGAACUGGAAUCAUCACAGAAUGUGACGGCGAUGUCCCAAGGAGUAGCCGGAGAUAACGACAGAAGUGUUGAAGUGUGUGUUCGUUUCCAUUGAUGUUGCCGACAGGAUGCCAUGUUUCGGCUCAAUGGACGGGGCACAGAUCGAUUAAUCCAAGUGAUCGACACAGAUCGAUCUGUACAUGGUUUUUUUUUAUCUGAGUGUUAAACGUGUGAUGAUAUCAUCAGAGUUGUGAGCGUCGUUUACUGAGCUGACAACGUGGUGGUCAAUUAAAGCGUGGAGUGUGUGUUACCAUAGUGAUGCCGGUGGGAGUAUGUACGCCGAGGGAAGGGCUGGAUGCCCUGGAGAAAGGCCUGAAGACGCUUCGACGGUCGCGGAUGAUGACCCUGAAUGAGUUCAAGGACAUGUAUGGUGCCAUUGAGCGCCAUCACCAUGACCUCAAACUGGCCCAUCUUACAGGGAAAACCCAGGACCUGAUGGAUCAGGCAGAGCGGGACACCAGGUUCUACCACAUCCUUGUCCAGAUGCUGAGUGAAGUUAAGGAGGUGAAGUCUGGCAAGCAGCAGGAGAGUCUGAGGAAGGUGUACACAUGGUAUCUGGCCAACAAGCAUGUGCUGUACUCCGGUCCGCACUUCGGUCGUAUCUAUCAGCGACAGGCAGCGCAGGAGGUGCUGAAGAAAGCCACUUCCCCUCGAAAUCCCCCACCUAGUCGUGACAGCCACCGCGUUGGCAGUGAGAGGAGCAGGUCGUCCUCACAACGCUACGCCAAUAUGGCCAAUGGGCGCUCCACUAAUCACAGCUCACCAGAGAAGCAACCUGCCACUUCCAGCUCGCCUCACUCUCCUGUUGCCUAUAGCAACCAAGAUGGUGACUUUUCAGACACAGAGAUGGACUUGGAGUUGGCUGGGACUCCCAUGAAUGACAAUGAUGGUCUUACUGAGAACAUCCAGGGUGUCCACACCCCGGGGGUCCAUGACUUUCCCUGCGAGACCCCCUCCGUCCGCUUCACCCCUCUCAGGGAACAGUCCACAAAAAUCUCUCACACUCACGCUGGUCUACCCAAGCGGAUGGUUCAUUCGGUGGCGAGUAUGGUAAACCCCCACGCCCACCACUCACUGACCCUCCCCCCUGAGGAGGAUGGGGACAGACAGGGAGUGAGUCGAAUGUUUCAGCGGCCGCCAACGGCGCCAGUGCUGAGUGAGGACAUCCUGCAGAGCUGGAAGAACUUCAACACGGAGGUGGCCUACACCCAGGACGUCGUCAGUAAGCUGGAGUUUGUUGGACGGAGUGGGACGCUGUGUGAUGUAAGAUACACGGCGCAUGAACACGGCGAGAUGCCCGAACUGCACACCAAACAGUGUCUGCAGGGUGUCCAGCCAGACGAUGCAGGAAGAGAUGAGAACAAGCUGCUGCAACAGACACUGGAGGAGUUCUACCAUACCACGGACGCCUACUACCCCACCAGCCUCCCCAAGUACCGCUCGACACGCCACAGACCCCCUCAGGGCAUAAUGCCCAAGUCAGCCCCCACCCCACACGACAGGAAGCCGGCUAGUGCCCCACAGCUGGGACGUCACUUCCUGCAGUACGAGAGGCCGCCGGAAGUGGAGAGUGACACCAACGUUAAGUUUAACAUGUUGGUCAAUCUAGUGGAUGCAGUCGGCGGCAACAUGGCCGCCCACAAGGAGAGGGUGGCGCCCCGCCCACAGCCAGGGUUCCGACAGCCGUCAGCUACAGGUAUCCCAUCAACCCCUGCUGUGUCACGUCCAGCCACCUCACGACCGGGGAAGAGACCAUCUCGGCAGUACAGUCCAUCGGCUCGCACCAACACCCCAGUGUCAAGGUCACCUGAAUCACAGAACCUGGAGGUAAAAGGUCUGCUGAUGGAUGAACCAAGGUCAGAGGAGCCGGUGGAGUCAGGACUGCCGUUGAGGUCGGUGUCCGCCAUUGACUGGCGGGGGAAGAUAACUCCGAACACUGUCAGAUACAAAUGGGGCAAGACCAGGUUCGGAGGUCACACAUACAUGAAAACGCUGCAACGACCAAGGUCCAUGAGGUCAGCCGGCGCCUCGUCAGCAGGAAGUCGACCGAAGACGGCGCCGAUGCCAGCCAGACAGAAGUGGAAGACUACAGAUCAGACAAAUACUGCCACGCUGCGUGACGCCAACACUCGUAUUGCCCAGGCAGCCAGUCAUACCACGGGCUCCGUCGACCAGCAUGCCCUCAACUCCAUGAUGGUCAUACAGCACCUGCUGGGGUCAAGUGACACGCCGCGAGGUUCACUGGGUUCAUUGCUAGACUUUGAUGAUGAGUUUUUCAAGAACAUCCGCAACUGUUCCCCUGGCUCCAUUGGUAACGCUCCUGGCUCCAUGGGGAACGCUCCUGCCCUGGAGUAUCUCAGCUUCAUCACUUCCCGACAGGAGCACCCCAACAGAGAUCGAGACCUGAACAACAGCAGUCAGCCCCGGCAGACAGAUCACCACAGUCUCGAAAACAGCCUUGCCACGGACACAGACUUGGGUUUGCUGAGCGACCAGCUGUUUUCCACUGACCACAGCACACAGCAUAGUGGUCAGCAUCGUCCCCCAGGCCUGCCUGGACAGAUACGCCUCCCCCAGGCGUCAGAGAGCUUCUCUUCCGGAGCUGACGUGGACCAGGCAGAUAUUAGUGAACUGGAGGAUGAGUUACGUGACCUUUGUGAACAGGAGAGUUUCACAGGGGAGAUUAUCCAAGAAGGGGAGACAACUCAUGUAGAGGAUCACAAGACUACUGCUGCAGUGACAGAGGCGGUGCCAGAAGACAACAACCAGCUUCCUACUGAAACCUCUCCCAUCCCAGAGCCCCUGGAGACUGUUGCUAAGGGCGGGGAGGACAAGGAUGUGCAAGUAGAAGUGACAUCAAUCCCUGCUGCUGGAAGUGGCCCUGUGCCCCCUCAAAAUAGACAGGCCCCGUUACAGGUUUUAAGCAAGUCCAACACAUGGAGUUACAUCCCUUUAGAGGAGGCCAACCAUGGGGCUGAAGUCAAACAGGACCUUCGACUGAGAACUGCAGCUGCCCACUAUAGAGUCACCUCAGAGCACUUUACAGGAGCGACCUUCACCCCAGAGGCUGACCCUGACCUUACUUCCAACAGGAUGACAACCAAGGUCGAGAGGUCGGCUGGCAGGAUGCCAAGGCAGAGUGGGGCAAUGACUGGCCAGGUUGUGCAUACGACUCGACGUCACACUGAAUUAUUUAAGAGAGCUCCACCAAUGAGGACUCCUCCCUCCAUUCCAACACCCUUCAACCCCUAUGGUGGCCGAUCCCCGCGGGGACAACAACUGUUCAACAAGGAGCUGGAGAAUCAUGCUCGCAAAGCCAGAAGUCCCCGGCACUACAUGGAGCAUGACUUUCAGGACUAUCACAGACCGAAGGCUGAGCAAGUGCAUGACCUUCGUUCUGCACCGCCAAGGUCCGCGCCACCAGUUCUGUCCACGGCUCCGGAGAGUCGGCUCGGAGAAACACUGCAUGUGUGCCGCCUCCCUUCACGGGAAAAGACUCUUCCCUUCAAAACUGAGGAUGAAGUUGCUGGGUAUCCCACCAUCCUGAAGGCGUCAUAUGCUGGCUUGUCCCGAGAGAUGUCAGAUGUCGAGAAGCAGGUCACGUCCACGUCCAUCGGGGAGGAAGAUGGAGGGGCAACUGGGGAUGGGGAGGGUCCACGGGGGAUACAGCUGCCGGCAGCCACAGACUCGGGGCCAUCUACACCGUUACCAAGGCAACCAUCCCUUGCCCACAUCGGCCGACCAAUCGCUCAUUACCAGCAUGUGCCCGACCCAAUAGAGCUGGCUGCUGCUGUUCAGGUUCAGAAAGAGGCCAAGGCAGCUGUGGAUAUACAACGGCUAUUCAGGGGCUAUGUGGCACGGGGGGCCUACAAGAAGCUCUUGUCUGAGGAAUGGCGCCGCAGGGAGGAUGAGCAGCGGGCUAAACUCAGCAGUCGCAGAAUGCAUCGUGAGCAUGUUGAGCGGACUCAGGCCAUCUACAGCCGAGGUCGUGACCCCGAGGACGUGGCCUGGCAGAAGGAGUACAAGGCCAUUCGAGACCAGCAAGGGCGAGUCCGACAGAGCAAGCUGGACAGUGUGUCCAGAGAGAAUGCUUAUAACCAUCACGUGUCCUCUUCCUCCAUCUCCGUCAUCGGACCCCAUGUGGACAUCUACCAAGUUUACCACCCCAAGAAGACUGGGCCCACUCAGAAAGAACUCAACCAGUUUGCUCUGACCAUCCAGAAGACUGUGAGAGGUUGGAUCGUCCGGCGCCGCCUGGAGAAACUCCGCCGCAAGGCGGGUUGGUCUGGCUUCAGCUUCGAGAGGAUGGUGAGGGACUACAAGACCAUGCUGUCCCGCGUUCAGCGCCAACACGGGCGCGACCGCCCCAAGACACCUUUCACAUUCAAGGAGAUGAAUGAGUACAUGGACCUCCGAAGACGGUACGAGAGUGUGUUCGAGAAGAAAGCGUUCGGCGGAGAGCUGGAACUGUGUGAACUGGACCAGUUCUUUAAGGAGUGUGAUCUGUAUCCCUCGCAGGCGGAACUAGAUGAGGCUGUGGAUGUGUUGUUUAAAGGCAAGGGUUUGAAGGGUCGCGGGCUGAGGAAGCAGGAGGUGCUGGACGUUGUGUUCUACGUGUAUGUCCCCCUGGCAGCGGGGCUGGACGGGACGCGCAUGUCCACGUGGAUGAGCCCCAUCAUAGAUGGUGUAGAGGCCAGGAGGCUGAUUGGGACAGAGUUUGUGGAGCCGGCACCCCUGGAAGUGUGUGCCAAGCUGGUGAUCAACUCGAAGCGUGAGCGUCGCGAGAGGGAGAACCGGGACCUCCAGGAGCAGCGGGGGGAGGGGCGAGGGGCCGAGGGGGAGAGCAGUGAUGAUUCGGAGGAGGGCGAGAGGAGGAGGCAGAUGAAGGCCAAACUAAAAACUGUGACUAUUGUGGACAGGAAGGGAAAGGGUGUUUAACAGUGGAGACAGAGCUACUGUCAUGCACCAGAAAUGUGAUGUACUUGUAGAGGCAGAUGAAGCCUGAAGUCCCUGUGAGACUGGAGAAGAAAACAUGUUAAAUAUGUGAUAGACAAGUGUCUAUGAUUAUGGAUAAGUUCCUGUGGUGAUAGACAAGUUCCUGUGGUGAUAGACAAGUUCCUGUGGUGAUAGACGAGUUCCUGUGGUGAUAGACAAGUUCCUGUGGUGAUAGACAAGUUCCUGCAUCAAUGUGUCUGUAUGCACAUAGUUAACAUCUACACUUCUGAAGAUCUGUGUAUACCUGAUUAUAUCCUGUAUAUCUGUGUAUUGUGUGUUGUGUUGUGUUGUGUAGGUAGACAGUAAGAGCCUGUGUCAGGGACUAUUUCAUCCUGAUGCAGUCUGGAGGUGUUGGCUAUCAGUUCCACCAAUGUUACUGUCCAACUUUUGUGGAAUGUUUUCAAAGUGUUGCAUGUCAAAUCCAGUGGUGUAUGCUGUGUAGAUAUACAUGUGCUAUAUAUUAUGUAGGUAUGUGUGAUAUAUACUGUGUUCAAGAUAGCAGAUCUUGUUUGUCUCUGUAACAUUACCAGUCAUCUGUCUUGGCUUGCCUGCUCUCUGUCCAUGUACAUAAGCCCCAUCCUAUUGUAAGCCGCUUUGUUUGUUUAUUCCUGUUGUUGGAGUGAUCAUUGCUGUGUGUAUUUUGGUAAAUAUUAUUUAUUACAUGCAUCAUUAAUGCGGAUGCGUCAUCUAUCGGAGACUGCUGUGUGAUGUGUCGGCCAAACCUCCUCCAGAUGAAGCCCUUGGGAAACAAUGUCCUAGGUGCCUGUUGAUAGAGCCCAGCUGUCAGAGGAGUGUAUUAUUUUGAAUUGGUUGUGUAGAAGUCCCAGUCUAUCUUGGAAUGUUGAGAAUAUGUUACAGCACAGUAUUAUAUCCAGAGUUGAUCUCAGAUUUGUUGAUACUGUACCUACACAUGUCAAUAGAGUAGGAAUUGUCCUGUGAUAGCUGUUUCUGUACCCACAACUGACAGUACAGGAUCCUUGUCUAUACACAGGUCAAGGUUAUGGACUGCAACAUGGAUUGAGUGAUGACACAGUCUGUACUGAGCUGGAUGCUACACAGACCAUCAAAGGUUUUAUCUACAUUGAAUUAUCUAUAGUGUUAAUACAACGGUUAUUAGUCUUGUAACCAUGGUUACAGUCAUCACUUCAGCAUGGUACUGGUUACUGAAGUCAUUUCUUUUGUGUGGUCAUGAAAUGCAACCAAACCUGUGAACAAUAAAAUCUAUUUCCAAUCUUUAA